GCCUCUGCCUCUGAGUAGCUGGGACUACAGAUAUGUGCCACCAUGCCUGGCUAAGGCAGUGUUUGGAGAGGCUCCUUCCCACCUGCAAAUACCUAGAGGUGCUGCCAAGGCCUGAUUCUCUUUGACCUCUUCUUUCUGUGGCAGCAAUAGGUGGGAAAACAGAGGGCCUUUGAUGAGAAGUUGGUUAGGAAAGUAUAUUUUCUCCCGGAAAUGGCAGAGGGAGCUUCAGGAAUCAGAUGCAUGAAGAUGGCUGGAAACAAAAACUGAGUUGGUUUUUAAUUGGGACAGGAUGCUGGAGCAGAUAAGGCUCCUUGAAAAUAAUGAUGAGAUCCAGAGAGGGAGGUGCAGAGCAGGAGCCAACCCGCUCCCCACCCUCCCCUCCUCUGUGGCAGCAGAAAUCCUCCCUGGAGCGUGGACGGUUUCGGCUUGGAAUUUGCUAUCUGGAGAAAGAAGGAAGUAGGAGGGAUGGGACCCCUUUCCACUUGCUUUGCAUGCAAACCUCUCUCCACCUAAUGAGCUGUAAUGCUGGAAGCCAAGACGCCCUCAGGAUGGGGAAGCCAGGCUGGGCUAAUUCCUUGUCAGCAGAUUCUCAGGAGCUAUGGAAAUGAAGCAGCUUGGUGUACAGCAGAUAAUCAAGAGAGGCCCAGUGGGUGGAAGGAAUGGAGUAUUUCUCUAGUCGUUCAAUAUUGAUCACAGUGGGAGUCCCGGGCAUUCAGCCUGGGGGUGUGAGUGCACGUGCGCAUGUGUGAACACGCAUGCCUGCAGAAGAGUGUGAAACUUGGGUUAAUUUUGUCACUCUUGACAGUGUAGUGCCAGGUAUACAGCACGUGGAUGUGACUCUCCAGGGGGACGCUGGGAGAUAAAGCACUGUGGAGUUCUCUCUAUGUGAGGUGCUGUAGGGCUGAGGAUGUCUCUUGAACUACAGGAAAGCUUUAAGUAGGUGCAGAGACAAAGGCUUGGAAAAUGGAGAGGAUCUGCUUUUUUUCUUUCUAAUAUAUUGGUCUUGGGACUUCCAGAGUGCCUGCCCCUGACACUCCCAGCCCCUGCCCCAUACACAGUCUUCUUAAGCCCUGGACUAUGUGUUUUUCACUUUUUCGCUCCUGCAUCUGGCAUAGUUCUUAAUUUGUUUUUAAGUAGAAUGAUCAUAGCCAUGAUCUCUUGUGCAUAAGAUGGUCUACAUUUUUGAAAGUUUACAGCUAUUAUUUCAUAGAGUUAAUAUAUGUGCUGGUGAAGCGAACACUGUUAUUUCAUAUGGGUAGAAGGUACCUCAUUUACACACGAGAAAAUGAAGGGCCCAUGACAUGAAGUCACAUUGCUAACUCAGGCUGGAUCUUGGACUUCAUGUCUGGCCCCGCCAUGCUUGUUUCCAUUGAUGGCACUGCCUUCGGGGCCAGCCUCAUGGUGGAUAAGUGACCACCUACUGGACUGCCCUGGAGUUUAGGGCUGCUUCCGUCCCCCCCCACACAAUCCCCUUUACCGCCUGAGAUUUUCCCUUCUCUUGGGUGGGAUUUGAGAGAUCCAUUUGAAUAUGUAUUCUUGGAUUCAUAAUCAUGGGUACUUGACAAAUGGAAGCCUUUUGACAUCCCAGAAGGAAAGAGAGAGGAAGGAGAACACGGAUUACGUAUGCCUGUUUCCCUUUUUAACGUCCUGCCUCUUGUAAGUUCUUCUUGGUGUAUAACUAAAAUGAAAAUCUGCCAUACUGUGCAGUUUAUUGGCAAAGGGAAAGAGCCCCCGCUAGACAUUCUGUGUGCAGACUUAAUUCCGAGGAUUUCAGAGCUCCCGAUGAGCAGGGGAAGCCCCUGAGCCUUCCUUCGUUCCUACUCCCUCAUGCUAUCUUUACAGGGCAUAGGAGAAGUAAUUUAACUUGCAGCUUAAGCAAAGGCUGUGGGAGGCCCCUGAGCUCAGCUUGAAGAGAAAGGGGAUAUUUUUGCCUUCUAGAGGAAGAAAGCUCAUUUUCCCAAAGCACCCCUACCCCCUCCUCCUUCUGUGCAGAUGAGCUUAAUUUUCUUCCCCUCCUACUGAAGGUGGAUCAAAGCCAAGCUACAUAUUCAGUGGGGAGCUAGGGAGGGAAGCUGAGUGAGGGGGCGAGGGGGCAGAAGCAGAGCUUCUCUCAGGGAGAGGAAGUAAUUAAUUUGAAGAGAGAGCUAAGAUAGGGAAGCCCUUGGUGAUAGAAUGUCAACGCCCAAAUGCAGGUGGCUAAAAAUUAAGUCAGGGCUGGAGAAUUUCUUUUAUUCACUCAUUCAACAAAUAUUUAUUGAGCACAUAUUACGCACGGGCAGGAACCUCAAGCGGGCAUCAGGAGAGUGCCCAAGAAACUGGAUUAGGGACAGGGAGAGGAUGCAAACUGAAAAGUGAGGCCUCCUGUCACCAGGAUAAAUCAUUUGCCAAAGUCCCAGGAAAUAGCGGAAUAUAUUGACCUUCUGGAUUUAAGAUUAAGCUGUUUAAAUAUGAGCAGCGGUUGACCCCAGCUAUAUCUUACCAGCUUGUCUCAUUAUGGGUUAAAUAAUAAUGUUGUCUAUUUGUUUUUCCAUUCACUGAUCACAUUAUUCCCUGAUCAAGUUCUGUGCUCAAUCCAAAAAAUUAGAUUAGCCCCUUCCUUUCAGUGUCUGUUGUGACAUCACAGAAUUGCUAUGGCAACAGACUGUGAUGUCAGCAGACUGCCUGAUGCUGCUAAAAAGAACCAUGUUGGUCAAAAAAGGAACCUGUCAUGUGAAGACAAAAUGGAAUAAUAUAGAAAGCCAGAGGACCUGAAAUGUGACAUCAAAAAGAACAUCUUGGCAGGAUAAGAUAGCAGUGGGUCUGGAGCCUCCUUUGCUAGAAUUCUUUACAGAAAAGCAAAGAACUUAAUGAGGAUUGAUUGGAGAACAGUCUUGUCUAGAAGCAGGGGGAUGGCAGCGAUGACUUUCAGAAGGCCCUUGCAGUCCAAGGAUCCUAAGACAUGAAGGACAUUAGGAAAGGGGAGCUCUGACCAUCUUUAGCCACUGGAGAAUUCAGGGGAAUUAACAUCGAUGCAAACCUCCUUGCUGCUGAGCAGAUCUGUCAGUCACCAGCUGGAAUGCAUCAUCUCGUGUCUGGGAAGAUUUUCAGCCAUAAACACACGAUGACCCCCUCUCAAGCCCCAUUUGCUGCCCUCUUCCUCGCAAGCCUUGGGAGGAAGCUCUCCUUUAAUAUUGCCUGAGCAGCCUCAUCCUAGCCACCAGCUCUGGUUCCACAACGUCCACGCCCAUCUGGUCGACUUGCCACACACGGAGGGAAAGCAACCCGGUGCUGUCAGACAGCAGCAUGUCAGGGACGGGGGGCAGAGGAGCUUCAUUCAUUAUGCUCCCGUCCACACAGAAGAAGGCUGGGCAGGCUGACAGAAGAGAAGGAGACCUGCUCAAUCAAUCUCAGCUUCUCAGCGGCGGCAAUAACAGCAGAUGAAUCUGGAGCUUCAUUUAACCCUUAUGGCCACAGGAUCUGAAGGAUCUCCGAGAAGCAAGUUGAUUUUCAGCUCAGGAGCCUGUGUUGUGGCUUGGGAAUUGGGGAGGCAGGAGGACUGUCUCCCUGCAGGUCGGGCUGUCAUGAGUUUCUGCCGUGCAGAUGGGAACGCAGCCCCAGACUCCUUCGCCCGCCCAGCCACUCUGCGUCCUUAGCUCAGUGAGGUCGGACUACCUGGGAGUGCUACACCUGCUCUGUGUAUGCCUGUCUCUCCAUUUCAGCAUUUUCUCCUUGGGGAGCUGAACGGGGAGGAUGUCAUCCCCUCCUUGUUUAUUCUGCCUCCAGUCCUCUGACCAGUAGCAUUCUGGCCGAAUCCCAGGAAGUCACAGGCCUACUGGGGCACCUGGGCGACCCCACCACCACCCAAGGAGAGUGCCCUCCUGGUUCUCCAGGGCCAGAGCCGGGAGGAGGGGGAAUUGCUGGAGUCUCUGCCACCGAUCGCUCUGCAUCUCUGCCACAGCCUUACAAGUUGGACCGGAGGACUUACUUCUCAGAGGCAUGGUAGGAGCGGGGUGGUCAGCGGGUCCUCUGAGGCUGCCAACCUGGGGACGGAGCUGCCAAAAAGAUGUUGAAGUUUCGGGCUGAUCGACGGGUCAGCCACAAUGAAAGACGGAACACAUUUCUACACCCAGUGACUGGCCAGGUCCCAGAGGAAAACAAAAAAUUUGACUUGAAAAUAUCGGCCUUGGACAUGUCCAGUAAAACAGGUGGGAAACGCCCGGCUACCACCAACAGUGACACACCGAACCACAACAUGGUGUCCGAGGUCCCUCCAGAGCGGCCCAGCGUCCGGGCAACUCGCACAACCCGCAAAGCUGUCGCCUUUGGCAAGCGCUCACACUCCAUGAAGCGGAACCCCAACGCAGCCGUCACCAAGGCGGGCUGGCUCUUCAAACAGGCCAGCUCCGGGGUUAAGCAGUGGAACAAGCGCUGGUUCGUCCUGGUGGAUCGCUGCCUCUUCUACUAUAAAGAUGAGAAGGAAGAGAGCAUCCUGGGCAGCAUCCCCCUCCUGAGCUUCCGGGUAGCCGCGGUGCAGCCCUCCGACAACAUCAGCCGGAAACACACGUUUAAGGUGACUGUGUGCUGGGUGGAUGAGGCCGAGGCCAGCUCCACGCGCUGCCUCUCCCCACAGGCGGAGCAUGCUGGCGUCCGCACCUACUUCUUCAGUGCCGAGAGCCCUGAGGAGCAAGAGGCCUGGAUCCAGGCCAUGGGGGAGGCCGCUCGAGUACAGAUCCCUCCAGCCCAGAAGUCUGUGCCCCAAGCUGUGCGGCACAGCCAUGAGAAGCCAGACUCGGAGAACAUCCCGCCCAGCAAGCACCACCAGCCACCCCACAACAGCCUCCCCAAGCCUGAGCCAGAGGCCAAGACUCGAGGGGAGGGUGAUGGCCGAGGCUGUGAGAAGGCAGAGAGAAGGCCUGAGAGGCCUGAAGUCAAGAAAGAGCCUCUGGUGAAAGCCAAUGGCCUCCCAGCUGGACCGGAGCCAGCCUCAGAGCCGGGCAGCCCUUACCCCGAGGGCCCAAGGGUACCAGGGGGUGGGGAACAGCCUGCCCAGCCCAAUGGCUGGCAGUACCACUCCCCGAGCCGGCCAGGGAGCACAGCUUUCCCGCCUCAGGACGGAGAGACUGGGGGACAUCGGCGGAGCUUCCCGCCACGCACCAACCCUGACAAAAUUGCCCAGCGCAAGAGCUCCAUGAAUCAGCUUCAGCAGUGGGUGAACCUGCGCCGGGGGGUACCCCCUCCCGAAGACCUUCGGAGUCCCUCUAGGUUCUACCCUGUGUCCCGCAGGGUCCCUGAGUACUAUGGCCCCUACGCCUCCCAAUACCCCGAUGAUUACCAGUACUACCCUCCAGGGGUGCGGCCAGACAGCAUCUGCUCUAUGCCGGCCUACGAUCGGAUCAGCCCACCCUGGGCCAUGGAGGACAAGCGCCACGCCUUCCGCAAUGGGGGCGGCCCUGCCUACCAGCUGCGCGAGUGGAAGGAGCCCGCUGGCUACGGGCGGCAGGAUGGCACUGUCUGGAUCCCCAGCCCCUCCCGGCAGCCAGUCUAUUAUGAUGAGCUGGAUGCUGCCUCUAGCUCCCUGCGACGCCUGUCCCUGCAGCCCCGCUCCCACUCUGUGCCCCGCUCACCCAGCCAGGGCUCCUACAGCCGUGCCCGCAUUUACUCCCCUGUCCGCUCACCCAGUGCCCGCUUUGAGCGGCUGCCACCUCGCAGCGAGGACAUCUAUGCUGACCCUGCUGCCUAUGUGAUGAGGCGAUCCAUCAGCUCCCCCAAGUAUGAUUACCUGGGAGACAGGAGGCCAGUCCCUGCAGGACUGUUCCCCUACAACUACCCACCAUCCCCCACGGUCCACGAUAAGAUGGAUGAACUUUUAGAUCUUCAGUUGCAAAGAAACCUAGAGUAUUUGGAUCAGCAGAUGAGUGAGAGUGAGACUCUCAUCAGUAUGGUGAACCGCAUGGUGGAAAACUCCUCCCCCAGGUCCCAACUCUUCAUGCAAGUCCCUCCGUAUCCAGAAGUGUUCCGGGACAGCCUCCACACCUACAAGUUAAACGAGCAAGACACAGAUAAGCUGCUGGGAAAACUGUGUGAGCAGAACAAGGUGGUGAGGGAGCAGGACCGGCUGGUGCAGCAGCUCCGAGCUGAGAAGGAGAGCCUGGAAAGUGCCUUGAUGGGGACCCACCAGGAGCUGGAGAUGUUUGGGAGCCAGCCGGCCUACCCAGAGAAGCUGAUGCACAAAAAGGAGUCGCUGCAGAACCAGCUCAUCAACAUCCGAGUGGAGCUGUCUCAGGCGACCACGGCCCUGACGAACAGCACCGUAGAGUAUGAGCACCUGGAGUCUGAGGUCUCUGCUCUGCACGACGACCUCUGGGAGCAGCUCAAUUUGGACACCCAGAAUGAGGUGCUGAACCGGCAAAUCCAAAAGGAGAUCUGGAGGAUCCAGGAUGUGAUGGAGGGGCUGAGGAAGAACAACCCCUCCCGGGGCACGGACACUGCCAAGCACAGAGGAGGACUUGGCACCUCAGCCACCUACAGCUCCAACAGCCCGGCCAGCCCCCUCAGCUCCGCCAGCCUCACCAGCCCCCUCAGCCCCUUUUCACUGGUGUCGGGCUCUCAGGGGUCCCCCACCAAGCCUGGUUCCAACGAGGAACCCGGCCCGCCUCGGCCUCCCCUCCCCAAAGCCUACGUCCCCCUGGAGUCUCCUCCAGCCGUCCCUCCACUCCCUAGCGAGAGCCGCUUCUGGCCCUACCCCAGCUCCCCUUCCUGGCAUUGCAGUGGCGAGACGGCCAGGGGGCAGCCCAAGGCAAACUAUGAACAAAGCAAGAAAGACCCCCACCAGACAUCACCCCUGGACACCUCCAGAGACAUCAGCCUUGUGCCCACCAGGCAAGAGGUAGAGGCAGAGAAGCAGGCAGCUCUCAACAAAGUUGGCAUUGUGCCCCCUCGGACAAAAUCACCCACAGAUGACGAGGUGACCCCAUCAGCGGUGGUGAGAAGGAAUGCCCAUGGGCUCACCAAUGGACUGUCCUCCCAGCAGGAACGCCCCAAGAGUGCUGUGUUCCCUGGCGAGGGGAAGGUCAAGAUGAGCGUGGAGGAGCAGAUUGACCGAAUGCGGCGGCACCAGAGUGGCUCCAUGAAGGAGAAGAGGAGAAGCCUGCAGCUCCCGGCCAGCCCGGCCCCCGAGCCCAGUCCCCGGCCAGCCUACAAAGUGGUGCGCCGCCACCGCAGCAUCCACGAGGUGGACAUCUCCAACCUGGAGGCAGCCCUGCGGGCAGAGGAGCCUGGCGGGCGGACCUACGAGACACCCCGGGAGGAAAUCGCCCGGCUUCGCAAAAUGGAACUAGAGCCCCAGCACUAUGACGUGGACAUCAAUAAGGAGCUCUCCACUCCAGACAAAGUCCUCAUCCCCGAGCGGUACAUUGACCUGGAGCCUGACACUCCCCUGAGCCCUGAGGAGUUGAAGGAGAAGCAGAAGAAGGUGGAGAGGAUCAAGACGCUCAUUGCCAAAUCCAGUAUGCAGAACGUGGUGCCCAUCGGCGAGGGGGACUCUGUGGACGUGCCCCAGGACUCAGAGAGCCAGCUGCAGGAGCAGGAGAAGCGGAUUGAAAUCUCCUGCGCCCUGGCGACCGAGGCCUCCCGCAGGGGCCGCAUGCUGUCUGGUGAGAGGGGCUGGGCCUCGCUCCACCCUGCCAGGGAAACCAGCAGACCAGGUGUAGGGGAGGACGCGUGGCACUGCUUCGGGGGGGCAGGAGCAGAGAGGUAUCAGGUUGAGGAGAUGCUCCUGGAGGUUGAGAUGAGCAUCUAUUGAGCACCAGGUACUGUGCUAGGCUCAGGGAGGUGCAAAGGGACCAGAGUUGCUGACAUCCAGGAGCUCAGAGCUGGGAUGAUGCUUACAGUCAGUGCAGGGAGUCAUGGCCGGAAGCCAUGCAGAGCACGGGAAGCCAUUCUGCCCGGGCAGGUCAGGGAAAGGCGCAGAGAAAAAAUGAUAACUGAGUUUGACAGAGAAAGGUAAAAAUAUUUCUCAGUUGCAGGGAGAGGGCCAGCUAUUCCAGAGUGUCCUUUCAUUUCCCUUUCUUGCUGCAUGCAAAUAGGAAGAAUCAAAAAAGAUGGUGCAGGCAAAGAGUUGAGAGUGAUACAAUGAGCACCUUGGCUAUUGAUCCAAACCUACCUUUCUGCUAAGAAAAGGUGACUGUGAGGAGCUGACCUCACGCUGAUGCAAAGGCUACCAGGUCCUGGCUAGAGGCUGAUAGGGUUGAGACCAACAGGGUCAGCUUCUACUCAGCCUGAGCUACCAUCCCAGAAUAGAUGAAAAUGUUGUUGAUCUUUUAAGAAUGAAAGAGAGUCUAUAUGAAUGGGAAAAUUCAAGAGAAAGGAGAGACAGUGGGUAAGUCAAGGAGCCUAGGAAACUGUUCUCCUCCUCAAGAUGAAGGUGCUUAGGAUAGAGAGGUAGAGUGAGAGUGAGAGCUUCGAAGCCCGCGGUUAGAGGAAUGAUUCGGAAGGGGGAGCCAUAGCGGGAGACAGCAUUGGCAGAGAGGAGCGAGAGCAGGUGUCGGGCCUCAGGUACAGCAGCCCAGGCAGGAAUCGGGCCGGGAGCAGGUCAGAAGCGUGGCUCGGAACAAAGUGGAAAGGCUGGUGUUUCAUGUUGGUGAUUAAGGAGGGUGCACAUUCUGGUGCUCUGAGGUUCCAUUUCCUCAUCUGUGAAAUUCAAAUCAAAAUUCCUGCCUCCAGUUCUGGUGGCGUGAGGAUCGGAAACAAUGUGUGCCAAGCACCUAGCACAGUGCCUGGCAUUCAACAAGUGCUCAAUACAUGCUCACAGCUGUAGUAGUGGUGACAGUAGCAGUAGCACUGUGAUGCUGGUAGUUGUAGUUGAAAUAGCAAUAGCUGAAGUAGAAAUAGAAACUAUUUGUCAUUUUGCUAAUUGUUUUAAAUAUGGAUGUUUUCAGAAGCCAGAAGAUUUUAGCUACGGCAAAGAGGAUUUAAGUAAGCCUUAACGAAGAACCUUCUGCCAGUUAAGGUGUCAUGGACUUUAGCAUGGGUGGCCAGGGAGAGACUUGGAGGUAUUUCAGGGAGAGGCUGUCUUUAGGCUGGAGCUGAGGGGAAGAGAAGGGAUCCUGCAGCCAAAAGGCAGCAAAACCAGUUUGGCCACAAGGAAGCAGGCCUCUGUUGAACCUCCCUGUAGUUUACCUGCAAAAUGAACUUGAACCUUCCAAAGAUCAGAUUCCACAUGCUCUGGGCGAAAGGCAACUUCCUGUUUUCAAGGGUUACAGAGACAAGGCUGGUCUAAAAACUUUGCUCUGCUCCAGCCCCAGCCCCCGGCCCUCCCUACUAGUUCCUUAGCCUAGGUUCUGUGAAAACAAAACCUACCCAGCCUGUCCGAUUUCCAUCUCAUCAGGGUCUGUGUGCUGAAACCAAACGGUCACCUUGCUUUUGCCAAAACCUCAACUAUUUAAAAAAAUGGCUGUGGCAGGGCCAGACCUCAGACUUAGCCCACCGUCCCAACUGCCCCUGGCCUGUGGCCCAUCUCCUCAGAGCUACAGCCCUGCCAGGCACAGCAAACCUGGUCCUGGGCACGUACAGGGAGGGCACAGGUUCACACCCUGGACAGUGUGUGUGUGGCAGUGCUGGGCACAGGUCAUGCGCACAGUGUGCAGCGGGUACAGCGUGUAGAGUUCAGUGCCGCGUGUGGCAUGUGGCACGGGCAGAGUAAUCAGUGAGGAAUGCUGUCAUGCUUGCAAAUUCACCCAGUGCGUGCAGACUCAGGUAUGUAAUAUGUGGGAAGUUGUGACAUUUUUGAGUGUGUACGUGUGGCGUGGAUGUCAUGUGCAGUGUCUGGAUCUGGUGAUGUUUGUAGAUACACGCAUUUAUUUGUGUGUAUUCAAGUGUGCAGUGUGGGGGUAGAGGAAAUGUUGGAGUACAAAUGUGGGAAUGUGUGCAUCUAUGCAAAAUUUCUAAGGAUGUUGUGUGGAGACCCAUUACUUGUGAGUCCAGCUAGUAUUUGGUAAGCCCGUGGAGCAUAAAUGUACAUGUAUGUGAGUGUACAAUAUAUCAGUGGAGGUUGUGUUUAUGAAUGCAUGUAUUUACGUGUGACUGGCUUUUCUGCAGUAUGGGAAAUGAUAAAGCGUAUUUGUGUAUAUGUUGUGUACAGUAUAUAUAUUGCAAUAUGGUGAACGUAGGUCCGUGUGCACAGGCUGGGAGAAAGCACAGUGUCGUGAAUGUGAGUAUGUGUGACUGAUUGCUGCACGCACAUGGUACUUGUGAGUGCACACAUUAUAAUAUCGCAUCUGUAUGAUACACAUCUGCAGCAUAUGUGAAUUUUAACUAUUUUGAUGGAUCUAUUUCUAAUAUAGGUGGAGUAUUUUUCUGCCUUCUUAACAAAGUUCUGUUUUCAUAGGACCUUUUCUUGCUCAUGAUUAUCAUUAUAAAUAUCUUUAUUUUGCUGAUCUCUGUUAAAGGAAUGCCCGUAGGGGCUACAGUGGACAUAGAUCUGUUUGUAGCUAUGCUAAAUAUUCCCCAGCUGUCACGCUUUUAAAGCUGUAUGUCUGCUUUUUAUAAAACA